AUGCCUUCCUCAACACCGGACCUGAAGCGGCGACGCAUCUCGACUCAGGAAUUUUCUGACUCAGAAGCAGACCGAGCUUGUACACCUGCACAGAGUAACAUUAAGGAGGACGGAGACCCGGUCGCGGACGCCGCGAACGAACAUGAAAAAGCAGAAAAGCCCGCUGUAGAAGUUGUGCACCUCGACAGUAGCCUCGACGAGAGCGUUAUCUUUGUCUCCUCGUCCUCACAGCCCAAUUAUGACCCGCCAGCUCGUCCACCCGCGGCUCCGGAACCGCCUGAAAACAGGGGACGCCAGCAGUUUCGAACGC